UGUAAACAUUAAAUUUCUUUUGCCGGUACUAUGCUUUAUAUUUUCUCUUUAUGGAGUUUUCCACUACGUGAACAACCAUGAAAACAACAUGUGUGAGAUGACUUACAUGUUUGAAUAUCCAGAAUAUUUGAAUAUUCCUUUGAAAUAUGAUAUUGCUAAACAAUUUCCAAGAUAUAAAUUGUAUGUUUAUGGAGAAGGGAAAUAUUUUGAAGAACUUGAAAAAGGCAAAUUAUUAGGUAAUCCAGUCCUUUUUAUUCCUGGUAAUGCUGGAAGCCAUCGUCAAGUCAGAUCACUUGGAUCUGUAGCUCUACGAAUGGGGCAUUCCCUACAAACUAAUAUAUUUUUCAAUUUUUUUACAAUUGAUUUUAAUGAAGAGAUAUCUGCUCUGUAUGGUGGAACAUUAAAAGAUCAAACUGAGUAUGUAUUUGCUUGCAUCAAACAUAUUCAAAGCCUCUAUUCUUCAGAGAAGAAAAUAACAUUGAUUGGGCAUUCAAUGGGUGGAGUAAUUGCCAAGGCAGUUUUCUCUCUUCCUUCUUUUAAUCCAGCAGAUAUUUCUCUAAUUAUUACUUUAGCCGCACCUCAUAAAGAACCAGUUAUUGCUGCUGAUACUGCCAUAGUGAAUUUCUAUGCCGGAAGUAAAGAAACUUGGAAGUACCGUAACAAAAAAGGAUUUAGUGAUAUCCCAAUCAUUUCAAUUGGUGGUGGCCAAAGGGAUAUAUUGGUGAGGAGUGAUUUAACUUCAAACAAUUUUCAACACAAGAAUGUCAGAGAUGUUGAAGUUUUGACUUCUUCCAUUCCUGGUGUAUGGGUGUCAACUGAUCAUCUAGCCAUUGUCUGGUGUAAGCAGCUUGUUUUGACCAUAUGCAGGACAUUAUAUGAUUUGCAUAUGAAAAAUGCUAAACAGAAUUCUGCUUCAGAUAUAGAAAGUAUACUCAAACACUACUACCUUUCAAGAAGUAGUGGGACAUUCUAUCCAAAAGUUCCUUCUGUACCAGUCAGUGCAUUUUCUACUUCUGGUGGUGAUUGGAUCGAGCAAGAAAGCAACACUUGGCGUUUUACUCGUAGCAAGGUGCUUUCUACUAUUUAUCUUCUGGUUCCUGUGAUAAAGAAUGAUAAUAUAUUAGUGGUAGCAUCUGGAAUUGUUAAAAGAGAUUGGAUCUUUGGAUGCACUGGAUUGUCUGAAACUGAAACAAAAACAUGUGUUGAAGGUGAAAAUUUAUCUGAAAAGGGGGAGAUCAUUCCAAACAAAAGCAAGAAGUCUCAAAGACGUCAUAUAAAUCUCAGUGCUCAGUAUUUGCAGGAAAAAAAAUAUCCUUACAUAUUAAUUUAUAUUACUCCUGUUGAUUCACAGAUUGAUAUCCUGGGAGAAAGGUAUAACAGUAAGGAUCGAACAAAACAUAUCAAAUUGCCUUCUCUUAUUCAAAGAAUGUUUACUCCUCCUGUCCGAUUGUUAAGUGUAUCUCUGCCAGAACAGUCUGUCUUUUAUAAUAUAAUUAUUUCUGAAAGUUAUGGCGUUUUUGAAUCUGUUGAAUUGCAAUUGGAAACUAGGCUUUGCCGAGCUGGAAGUGUUGUUGGUCAAGGAAUUAUAAAAGUACAAACACCUUGGAACAAUGAAAUUUCCUACCAUUAUAUAAGAACCGUACUGGGAGGAAUUACAACUGUUCCUUUGAAAGCACAUUUCUUACUCCCUCCAAAUUCUAAUCAUGAUGUAAAUGUGGAGCUUAUUUUAGAUCCGGAAUGUAGUACUGUGCUUACAGCAAAAUUUCCAUUAAGCCUUAUUGCUAGUCAGUUCAUGAAGUUUUAUGGCCUAUAUAUUGUUGGUUAUGUUGUUGCAUUAUUGUUAGCAUUCUUGGCUGGACAAAUGUACUUCUUUGAAUCACUUGGUUCUUUCCCAUCCUUUUUUACAGUGUUUGGCCAAUACCCAACAUUUAUUACUCUAGUUGGUAUUCCAUCUAUUUUGUAUCAUUUAAUAUUGUCUCCAGAAUUUGAUUUGCCUUUCAUUCCCCCUGCAGACAAAAUCACUCUGAGUGAUAAUCGUUUUCUUUCUACUUUAAUAUUAAGAACAUUGUUAUAUCUUAUUGCUUGUGGAUUCAUAACAGUGUUGUAUAUAGUUUGUGUGUAUCUUCUGAAAGGAAUUACAAAAUGCUUUCUGUGUACAAAACAAAGAGCAGUCCUGAAUGUAACCGAAGUACCACUGGAUCAAACACUUAAAGCUAAAAUGAAAAUAUCUAAACUUCUGUUUAUAUGGUGUGCCUUUAUAGGAGCAAUAUCUCUUGAAUUUUCAAGUUCAUUGGGAGCUAUUUGCAUAUUCGUAUCUUGUUUCUUAAAGCUGCUUUCCACUUAUGUAAGAUGUAUAGCUGAAACUGAAAGGCGAGGUCCUGGUGUAGCUACGACAAAAUGGCAUAUACAUUUAACAUUGUUACUUCUUUGGAUGUGUGCAAUGUGCUUAAUUCUUCCUGGCUUUAUUGCAUGGAUAAAAAGUCUACCAUACAGUUUGCAGGUUACCAAUGAUCCUUACACAUAUCCCUGCAUUUUGAUGGUUCUAUGUUGUGCCUUACUUUGGCAGUUUCCAACACCUUCCUUUAAUAGAGUUGGCUAUAGAAAAGGUUCACAUAUAUUACAUAUUGCUGCUACCAUAACAACAUUAUAUGGCAUUCACUCAGUUUAUAGAUUGUUGUACUUUAUAUGUUUUACUCUCUUUGUUAUAUGUAUUCAACAAAUAUAUGCAUAUUUUAAUGGGUUUUAUUCCUUGAAGUGUGACUAA